AUGCCCAAGGGUGGGUGUUCUAAAACACCACAGCCAGAAGAAUUCUCUCUAAGCUACGACAUGGUGGAGAAACAAACCGGGAAAAAGGAUAAAGAUAAAGUUUCCCAAAACAAAACUCCAAAGUUGGAUCGAAGUGAUGGAGGGAAAGAAGUGAAAGAAAAAACUACCAAAAGAAAAUUGCCUUUCUCAGUAGGAACCAAUGGAGAUCAAAAAGAUUCUGAUACCGAAAAACAGGGUCCUGAAAGGAAACGAAUCAAGAAAGAACCUGCCAACCGGAAGUCUGGCUUACCUUUUGGCAUUGGCCUUUCAGGAAUCCGGGUCGGGUACCCUUUAUCGGAGAGGCAGCAGGUCGCCUUACUUAUGCAGAUGACAGCAGAAGAAUCUGCAAACAGCCCAGUUGACACGACACCAAAGCAUCCUUCUCAAUCUGCGGUUGGCCAGAAGGGGACUCCUAACUCCGCCUCCAAAACCAAAGACAAAGUUAACAAGCGAAAUGAGCGAGGGGAGACCCGACUUCAUCGGGCAGCCAUUAGAGGCGAUGCGCGGCGAAUCAAGGAACUGAUUAACGAGGGAGCAGAUGUCAACGUUAAAGAUUUUGCAGGUUGGACGGCCUUGCAUGAGGCAUGUAAUAGAGGUUACUAUGAUGUGGCGAAACAGCUCCUGGCUGCCGGAGCAGAGGUCAACACCAAGGGCUUGGACGAUGACACCCCCCUGCAUGAUGCGUCCAACAACGGUCACUUCAAGGUCGUGAAACUCCUGUUGCGGUAUGGAGGAAAUCCUCAUCAAAGUAAUCGGAAGGGAGAAACCCCUUUAAAAGUUGCAAACUCUCCGACCAUGGUCAACCUUCUCCUGGGAAAGGGUACCUACACCUCCAGCGAAGAGAGCUCAACUGAAAGUUCAGAAGAGGAGGAUGCCCCUUCUUUUGCACCUUCCAGCUCGGUGGACGGAAAUAACACGGACUCGGAGUUUGAGAAGGGCCCUAAACACAAAGGCAAACAUCAGGAUCCGCCAAAAAGUACGCCAGUGAAAGACGAGUACGAGUUUGACGAGGAUGACGAAGAAGAUCGCGUGCCUCCAGUUUGAUGACAAGCAUUUGCUGAAAAAAGACUUUCGGAAAGAGACUAAAGCGAACAGUUAUAUUUCUAUUCCUAAAAUGGAAGUAAAAACGUAUUCUAAAAAUACAACUGCGCCAAAGAAAGCUGCUCGCCGUAUCCUGUCAGAUACUUCAGACGAGGACGACCAUUCCAUCACCAUAGAGGCCCCUGAAAAGCUCCGCCUGUCGGCUCAUCCCGUUGUACCGAGCAAUAAAACCAGGGAGCAGCCUGUAGCAAAGCAUAAAGAGAAAAGCAAAGUCAAGAAGAAGCGGAAGAAAGAUGCAAAAACAAAGGAGGUCAAGUUUGAGAAGAAAAACCUAUUUUGUUCCUCUGAAACUGAAAGUGAAAACUUGGAGAGUGAUGUAGAGAAUGAUCUGCUUUCCUUAGAAAACUCAAACUGUGUAAAAGACUCUGCCUUAGCAUUGAAGGAGACUUCUUUGUUUAGCUCUCUUUCAGCAUCUUCAGCAUCGUCUCAAGGGAGUUAGCAUCACAGAAGCACAAUGCUAAUAUCCCUGACCAGCACUCCAAGCACUGGAGAACGGACAAUUGGAAAACGGUUUCUUCCCCUCACUGGUCAGAUGUUAGCUCAUUAUCGGACUCCACAAGGACACGGUUGACUAGUGACUAUGAUUACUCUUCGGAGGAUUCCAGCGUGGAGUCUGUGAAACAACAAGUUAAAAAGAAGCACGAGCACAAAAAGAAAAGUAAUAUGCAUAACAGCAUAUACGAAAAGAACUCUUUUCAUCUUCACAAUGACGGGGCAAUUCCAAAACUAGAUAAAGAAGGCAAAGUAGUGAAAAAACAUAAAACUAAACACAAAAAAUAAAGAAAAAGUUCAGGUGCAGGCUGGACAAGAAGUUAAAAUCCUUAAAAGCUUUUCUAUCGAGUAUGAGGACUCUAAACAAAAAUCGGAAAAGCCAUUAAAUUUAGAAGUCGACGUUCCAGAAAAAUUAAAAGUAUUAAAACAUGAAAACGAGCACCUCAGGAAGGAGGAGAAACUUCCAAAAGUGAAAUCUGAGAAAGAAGACUGGGGCUACCGAGAGGAGAGUAGUAAGGUUACCAAAGAAGAGAAGUCAUCAAAAAAGGUUAAAGAUGGCAAGGACAGCAGUAAACUUUUUAAAGAGGACAGAGACCGCUCUGGAAAAACAGAAAAAACUGUCAAAGAAAAAUCCCCCAAAGAAGAAAAGCAAAAAGUCCACAAAGAAGAAAAGAAGAAGAAAACGAAAGAAAAGUCAUCCAAAUCUGAAAAGAAAAACGAGCUAAAAGAGGAGAAAACGCCCAAACCCGAAAAAGACAAAAGUUUCAAAGAAGAUCGGGUCAAGAAGGAAAAGUCUCACAAAGAUGAAGCACCAUUCGAAGAAUUAAACAGCAAAACCAAAUUUUUAGAAGAUGAAACAAAGUACAACACAUCAGAUGAUCAGGGAUUAUGGAUUUCUGAGAUGUCCUCAGAUUCUUCCUUUGACUUCAAAGCUGAGGAUAGCUGGGACUCCUCCUUUACGGACUUCAGAGAAAGCAAGAACGAUGCCAUCCCCAAGCUGAUUGUAGAAUCUGUCAAGGAGGAAGUCAAGGAAAAAGACUCCAAAAACAAAGACAGGAGAGAAUAUGGAGAAAGACAACCCGAGAAAGAGACUGUUGUAAAAAGAAAGGAUCGAGACUCUUCUGACAAAACUUCUGACAAAAAGAAAGAUCAAGCAGAUGCACACAAAGGUGCCACCUUAUACACGGGUGAACGCGAGAAGAAGAGGAAGGACUCUCUCGACACCACUAAACCACGCAAAGAAAAAGACGGAGAUUCCACAAGGAGGGAUUCUUUGGGAAGCAAAGAACGGAGGGAUUCCAAAACUAAACAGGAGGAACAGUAUAAAGAAGACCUGAAUGACUAUGGAACGGAGACCUUCUUUAAAGAAAAAUCAGAACAAGAGCUUGUUACCAAGAAUUCUGAGACACGAGAGAGGCAUCACUCUGGCAAGGAAAGGAGGGACGUGGAGAAAAAGGAAAAAUCGAAAUCUGAGAAACAUCGAGAAAAAUCAAAAGAUUCGGAGAGGGAAAAGCCUGAAAAACCUGAUCGAAGUCAGAAAGAAAAAGAAACCGAGAAAGGGUCUCAAAAGAAGAAAGAGGAAAAGUACAAAGAUAAAAAAGCCUCCUCAGAGCAGAAAACUGAGAAAAAAGAAAAGGAUUUUGGGGACAAGAGAGAUGACAAGAAGUCCAGAGGUAAAAACUGGUAUAACAUUGCAGACAUAUUUACAGAUGAAAGUGAAGAGGAGGAUAAUCUAUUUAUGCCAGGGUUCAAAGUCUCAGAGGCCUAUGGCAAUGAUCUGCACAGAAUGGACAGUUAUCAUGAGCGGGAGAAUCCUUUACAAGACAAAGAGCCUUCCCAGUCUGACAAACACAGAAGGAAUUCCAAUGAAAAACAUUUGGGGGAAAAGCAAAAAGAUCGGGAACCAAAAGAGAAGAAAAAGGAAAAAGGUCAGUCAGAAUCGGGGAAGGAGAAGAAGGAAAAGAACACCGAAAAACACAAAGAGAAAAAGGAUAAGGAGUCCCUUGACAAAUACCGCAAAGACCGAGCGUCAGUAGAUUCUAACCAAGACAAGAAGUCUAAACAGAAGGUACCAGGUGACAAAAGUGAAAAGAAACACCAGAGUGAGGAGAAAAUCAAAACCAAACACAAAGAGAAAUCUGAUAAAGAUCACUUUAAAGAUCGAAAGUCCUCUAAAGGUGAUGCUGAGAAGAGUCUUCUGGAAAAAUUGGAAGAGGAGGCCCUCAACGACUACAAGGAUGAUUCCAACGACAAAAUCAGUGAAAUAUCUUCGGACAGUUUUACAGAUCGGGGCCAGGAUGCUGGCCUUGGAAACAUGUUGGAAGGUGCCGUGGUGACCACUAUAGAUCCAGUAGAGGACAAAUUUAAAGAUUCCUUACCUGGUUUAGCAGAAAAAUUAAAGGAAAAGGAAAGAAAUAGGCAUUCUAGCUCCUCUUCAAAGAAAAGCCAUGACAAGGAUAAAGCACGAAAAGACAAGUCUGAUAAGAAGGCUGAAAAACUGGAUGAUAUGAGGGACACCUACAGCAGGAGAGAGUCCAUGCAGUACGAUAAGGAGACUCCAACAGCAGAUGGAGACACUUUCUCUUCGUUUUCUGUCAAGACUGAAACCGAAGAGGAAUUGGAUAGAAGCAUGGACUAUGUGUUUGGUUCUGAAAAGAGAGAAACAUGAUUCUGAAAGAGACUCCUUAAAAAAAAUCUGAAAAGGACAAAGCAUACUCUUCUGUUGUGAAAGAAAAGAAAAAGAAAGAUAAACAUCGUGACAAAAGCAAAGACGACAAACACAGAGACAAACAUUUGGAAGCCUUCUUUAAGCAUCACAGGGAAGAGCAGAAACCGAUGGGUAGAGAUAAGGAAUCUCCAUUAACCUCCAAAGAAAAAUCUAAAGAUGAGGUGGGAAGAUUUAGUGAAAAUAAAAUCAAAGAUAGAACAAAGGAAAAUUCUGAGAAAGAGACUGUUAAGAUCCUGAAUGGAAAUGAGAAAAUCACACUUAAUAAAGAUGCCAACAAGAGAGACAACCGGCCUCGAGAAAAACUUCUCGGCGAUGGAGAUCUGAUGAUGACCAGUUUUGAAAGGAUGCUGAGCCAAAAAGAUCUCGAAAUUGAAGAAAAGCAUAAAAAGCACAAAGAGAGAAUGAAGCAAAUGGAAAAGAUGAGACACCGGUCUGGGGAUCCAAAGCUAAAAGAAAAAUUAAAAGAAGAGCAGCGUAAGAAAAGUUUGGACUUGACUUCCAAGAAACCUUUGGUAACAGAUUCCCUCCAAAAAGAUAAGAAGUCUAAAGAUUUGUCAUCAAACGCAGUACCACCUGAAAACAAAGUCCCAGCCAUUACUGGGAAUGAUUCUAAAGAUUGGCUCAAUGGUCCCCAAAUUAAAGAAGUGCUCACAGCUUCUCCAAGACCUGAUCAAAGUAGGCCAACCGGAGUCCCCACUCUUACAUCUGUGAUCUCCUGCCCAAGUUACGAAGAAGUAAUGCAGACCCCAAGGACCCCAUCUUGCAGCACUGAAGACUAUCCAGAUUUGAUGUUUGACUGUUCAGAUACACAGCACUCCUUGCCGGUGUCUGCAAUGUCUAUGAAUGCCUGCUCACCUACAUUCUUUGACCGGUAUUCAGCAACAUCUAGUGGAAUACCUGAAAACCCAAGUCAGACACCCACUAGGCUCCCUUGUUCUGUGAAUCGUAGCCGCUCUGUCUCAGUUGAUGUCAGAAGAGUUCCUGAAGAAGAGUUUCCUUCUUCAGAAAUGAAAUUUUACAGACAGCAGAGUGUGCCAGCAGCUUCUAGCUUCAGUUCACCAAUCCAGAUGAUGGACGAUAAGAUUCAACCACAGGUCCCUGAAGAGAAAUUCACAUGCGGGUCUCCAGGUUACUUUUCACCAGACUACCGGGCAGCAUCUCCGAGGGUUGAUGAUACUUCCUGUACACCUGCUGCCGUGGCCAGUAUUGCUCCAUCACCUGAUCAUGGCUAUUUAGCUGUUCAAGCAAAAUCACCACAAUUGGAAAGAGAUGACUUGCUUGAGCCUUCUACAGAGAGUGAGAUUCCUCCCGAUCUUGGCCUGCCAUGUGACUCUGCUGAAGCACAACAAGCUACAGAAUCUAUUCUAUCCCAAGAACCAAGCUUUUCACCACCCGAGUCUAAUUUUCUGCAGCAGGAGCCGGCCUAUUUACAGACUGAUAGUAACUUUAUAACAAAUGAAAAUAGCUUUUCAGCUGCACCGGACUUUAUGCCAGAGGAGGAAUCUUCUUACCUACACCAAGAACCUGCCUACAUUCCUCAACAGACAGACUUUCUAACCCCGGAGCCAGAAUAUUUGCCUUCAGAGCCAUCCUUUAUGCCCCAAGAACAAGGUUAUGUUCUUCAUACAGGAUCUAGUUUUCCCACCACGGAGACUGCUUAUUUGCCCCCUGAAUCUGGAUUUCAUACGCCGCAUACAGAACCUUCUUUUUUACCCCCUGAACCUGCUUUUUUACCUCCACCUACAGAAUCUGAUUUCCUUCCACCUGUUGAGGAAAAUACAUUCAGCUCAACAAUUUCUGAGCAGAAUUUAGAAUGGGUCAGUCCGACGAAUAGAAAUACAGACUCUGUUAUCCCUCCAAGUUUAAUGAGUAACACCCCCGAUCAACCUGGGAACUGGUCAAUGGCACCUGAGCUCUUAAAAUCUCCUCCGAGAUUCACAGAGUCACCGAAGACCUUUUGUUCACCUGACAAAUCUAUUACUGCUUCAGUUCCAUUUAUUUCUUCAGACUCGCCUUAUCCAGUUUCUCCCAUUUCCUUCCCCUUGUCUGAACCAGCCCCAGAUGAACUGAAAGAGGAUAGGGAGGAUGCGGAAGAGGAUAUGCCUCAGCCAGAUGAUCAGGAACCAUAUGCAUCUCCAACUCCUCUUACCAACUUUUUAAAUAACUGUGAUGGUCUAUCAGAUGAUCAUCCGGCAUUGGCUUCUGAGUCGCAACUCAACACAGAACCUCUAGAAGAUGCAUUGGCCUCGGUUAAAGAAAGUUAUGUGGAGCCCAGUGAUGUUCAGCCACCUGCUCACGAUCCGGAACCAUGGCCAGACCCAUUUUCUUCAGCUGUGGAGGAUCUGGAUCUUGGACCGUUUUCUCUUCCUGACCUUCCACUUCCUGUCAAAGAAGAAAAUGAUGAGAUUUGUGAACAGCCAAGUAUCCUUGCAAGCAGUCCUGAUGUUCCCCUUGAUGUGUGCAAUGAGGAUGACAACAUGGAAAUGCCUCACAAUGAAUUGGAUCUCCCAGAGCCAGUGACUCCUAAAGAAACAAGCGCUGUGGAAAUGGAUGAACCAGUACACGAUGUUGAGGAGCAGAACGAUGACCACGAUGUGGAACCUACAAUAGACACUGAACAAUUAUCCCAUGAUACAAAACCAGUGUUUGAACCAACAAGUUUUGCAAUACCGUAUGUACAACUGGAAACUCUUCAAGAAGUCGAGAGUAAGGUGCAAUCGAGCCUAAGUUCCUCUGCGGACACAUGUACUCCGGAGUUGCCAAAGGACGUUGAGGCUGAUGUGCAAGGAACUGAAAGUACACCAGAGGAAAGUGUUCCCAGUGAACCCGUCAUACAAGUUGAAGCCCCUCCAGUUAUCCCCCCAGUAGAAGUUCCAGAGCAAAUGCCAAAAAUAAUAGUUGAAAUUCCAAAACCUCCCAAAGUAGAAGAGAUACCUCUACGGAUGACUCGAAACAGGGCUCAGAUGCUUGCCAAUCAGAAUAAGCAGAACACUUCCACCCCGGAGAAAGAACAACCUGUAGCAAACACACCGUCGACCCGUGGAAAAAGUAAAGUCACCGAGGAGGAAGAUUCACAAACGCAGCACCCCCGCAAGAGGAAGUUGCAGAAGCCCAAUCAGCUUCAACAGCAGAUAAUCAGCACCACCAGUCAGCAGACGCGUGAGAUGAUCCAGCAGACCUUGGCAGCAAUCGUUGAUGCCAUCAAGUUGGACGAAAUUGAGCCAUAUCACAGCGACAGGUCCAAUCCAUACUUUGAAUACUUGCAGAUUAGGAAAAAAAUUGAAGAGAAGAGGAAAAUCUUGUGUUACAUCACUCCUCAAGCCCCUCAGUGCUAUGCUGAAUAUGUGACUUACACCGGCUCCUAUUUAUUGGAUGGCAAACCUCUGAGCAAGCUUCACAUUCCAGUGAUUGCACCACCGCCAUCAUUAUCGGAGCCACUAAAGGAGUUAUUCCGGCAACAGGAAGCGGUGAGAGGGAAGCUUCGUCUGCAACACAGCAUUGAAAGGGAGAAACUCAUCGUGUCUUGUGAACAGGAGAACCUCAGAGUUCAUUGCAGAGCGGCCAGGACAAUUGCCAACCAGGCUGUGCCUUUUAGUGCCUGCACCAUGCUGCUGGACUCGGAGGUGUAUAACAUGCCUCUGGAAAAUCAGGGAGAUGAAAAUAAAUCCGUCAGAGAUCGGUUUAAUGCCCGUCAGUUCCUGUCCUGGCUGCAAGAUGUGGACGACAAAUAUGACCGGAUGAAGACAUGCGUGUUAAUGAGACAACAACACGAAGCAGCCGCCUUGAACGCUGUCCAGAGGAUGGAAUGGCAGUUGAAGAUGCAGGAGCUGGAUCCGACCGGACACAAAUCGCUUUGCGUCAACGAGGUUCCCUCUUUCUAUGUGCCAAUGGUGGACGUUAACGAUGACUUUGUGCUCUUGCCAGCAUGA